GUGAGAGUAGCGAGGACACCAACUGACGAUACCCACGACAACUUUUUGCACCCGGGCCAAAUAGUCUCGAAAAUCUCCGUCGAAACAGUGGAAAAGAAGCCGUAUUAGCUACAGUCAACACGAUGCCUGCGCCGACAGCACUUGUCCAGCCUGCUGCGGCACCCGACCCAGUCGCCGUCCCCGCGCCCGAGCAGAAGGAUGAGCUCCUCGUGGACAUGCAGGAGGCUAGCGCCCUUGAACCCACCGCCGUUGCGCCCCCGACAAAUGCCGAAGACACAGACAUGGCCAUCGACGAAGAAGGGCGGCCACGGUUCGCUCCAGGAAAGGAUGUGAAUCCCGUACGCCGCGCCGAGACAAGAAAGAUUCCAAUCCCACCAAACCGCAUGUCUGCUUUGAAGAACAACUGGUCCAAGAGCUACCCCCCGCUCGUCGACCACUGCAAGCUCCAGGUGCGCAUGAACGUCAAGGAGAAGCGGGUAGAGCUCCGGUCGUCCAGGUUCACCACCUCCAACGACGCGCUGCAGAUGGGCGCCGACUUUGUAUCGGCCUUUGCCAUGGGCUUCGACAUCGACGACGCCAUCGCCCUGCUGCGCCUUGACUCGCUGUAUAUCCAGUCCUUCGACAUCAAGGACGUUCGGCAGACGCUCGGCCAGGACGCCUUGAGCCGCGCGAUUGGGCGGAUUGCGGGCAAAGAUGGGAAAACCAAGUUUGCGAUUGAGAAUGCGACCAAGACGCGAAUUGUGCUCGCCGGAUCAAAGGUGCAUAUUCUCGGUGCUUUUGAGAACAUCGGGAUGGCUCGCGAGAGCAUUGUCUCGCUGGUGCUUGGUGCUCAGCCCGGCAAGGUGUACAACAACCUGAGGAUAAUCGCCUCGCGGAUGAAGGAGAGGUUUUAG